AUGUUAUCGACGUCACAAUCGACCCCUUUGGAACAAAAUAUGUCUCUUCCGGUGGACGGUCGUUGUAUCGUAGUCCAGAUGCCUAGCGUGGAGGAGAUGCGUCGUGAGGUUGCUGAUAUCACAUGCCAAAUGCAAUCAGUGUAUCUGGACGACGAAGCCAAUUUGGGAUCAGCUGAGGAGUUUACACACAUCGGAAGCCGUAAGUGCUCAACAGAGAACAGUUCUCUACUUGGAUCACCAAGGAAGAAAAUGACUACUUUGGGUCCCAAAUCAUCGCUGCUGGAUCGGGGUCCGGAUACGGAACAGCCUGACGCCGGGAAGGCUAAGUCAAAUACCAUCGGUCGUGUGGUUGGCAUCAGCAAUGAGAUGAUUGAAGCGUUCCCGAUUCAAUCUUCCAUGAGUUCCAGUCUGCCACGUGAGGAGCAGGUGUCCGAAGAGUUCGUCAUUAACGGAAAACGAUACCGGCAGACGUAUCAACGGCGAGUUGUACUGGAACGAAAAACGACACGAGAUGUGUUCUUCCUUCCAGCUAGCUCAGGUGACACAAAAUCCACACCGUCGGCAGAAAAAACGCUAGAGUAUCAUUCCCCCAAUUUCAUCAAAUCCGGAAUGGGAACGGUGUCCCCGGAACCAGGUCAGCCCGAUGCACCAGAUGAAAUUGAUUCCCGGCCAAGACUGGAUCUGACAGUGCUGCACAACCCUUCGGGGACAACCAGUGACACAGCGUGUCUGACUCCAGCAGUGAUCAUGCGGCCAGUAACCAAUUCGCCGGAAAAGGCAGUUGUCGAUCCGUUGCGUAAUGGGCAUAAGAAGAGCCCCGAAGAAAACGGACACGCGAACACACCCGCGCACAAGUUGUUUCUGGGUGUUGGUGAUGGGUCCCGAUGCUACUCAAACACGCUCUCGUCCGAAACGGACAGCAUGCGCUCUGAAAAGCCAAACAGAGUGAAGCGGUCACGGAGUAGAUACAUUGUUCGGGAAAUGGUCGAAGCAGUGAAAAAACAGGUGGCAAACAAUUUGCGAAGGACGAAAAGUAUUCUCACCACUCGCGAGGAGGAACAGUUUAACAAAGCCAGACAAAAUAGAAAUACAUUGACGGGGCAAACGGAACGUGGGAGUAGCGUUCAAUGUAUACUGAGUGACGGGACCGAGGACGGAAAAAAAAUUGAAAACAAGGGAAGACAUGAGUUGGUCGGAUACAUGUACAAAUUCGGAGUGUGGGACAAUCAGGCCCCCGUCCUUGACCCCCGUUUGCCUGUGGCCAUAAGAUCUUCUGUGCUUUCUCGAGAAGGUCUCAAUGGUACUGUGAUUGCUAAUCCGCCCGAGUGGCACCACGCCGAGGUCGGACUGAAUGAGUCCGGUUCGGGACUGGUGCGAGGUCGUGUGGUGGCCUGUUUACAAAGAUUCACUCAGCACAGUUCUGCCAGUGGCAAGGCAUUGCAUCGAAGCACAUACGUACAGCAAACCCGCUUGGUUCGUCAGCGAAAUCAAGAUACCCAUCCCGGGGAUGCUUCUACCGAUCCUGUCCCAGCUAAUGUUGAAACUUCAAAUACCGAAGUAAAAGACCCCAAUGAGUUUGGCCCAGACAAACAAAAUGGACAUGUUGUGAAUUCCGCUUCAAUGGAUCAAAUUCCCAUUCCUCCGAAUGAAACACGGUAUAUAAAGUGUUCGAACGAUCGACUACAGCUGUUACAAUCUCUUUGUCCGGCAGCAGCUGCUGCCACCAUCCUCCUCGGUCGUCAGUUUUCCGCCAAACCCGCCUCACUCUCGAACAGCAGCGAUUCCGAGUCCAGUGGAAAAGAGGACAUGGUGAACUUGGGUGAAACCCGGGUUAUGGUCAGUGCCAAUUCCUGGUGUCCGCAACCGUUAAUCGCCAAGGACUUGUCGCCCUACUUGGUGUUUACACAUGCUGAUCAGAUCUCCGAUUCAAGCCAAUCAACUGUCAGUACAGUAACACACAUGGUUCCGUUACAGACAAAAGGCCAACCCGAUUCAUCACCACCCGUGAUACGCGGCGGCACUUUGGACGGCCUGAUAGCAUACGCGUUGCGAGUGUUAGAGGAUCCAACUAACGCACAAAAUUUAAAUACGCUAUUUCCUCAAGUGUUUCGUGUGACCUAUCCGACAUUUACCACACCGGAACGAGUGAUCGAACGGUUGAUUCAAGUCUACGUGGCCCAUGCUCCCAUGGAACCUGGUUGUCAGUCACGUGACUGGUCUCACGCACUGACUGCCGCGGAAUUUCUCGUGACCCUAGUAAGCUAUCAUCCCGCUUCUUGUCACUCCUCUAAUCGACUAAUUCAAAUGUGA